AUGGCGACUCGGUUCUUGGCUCGUUCUCUGCUCACCACCACCAAACAAACCAUUUCUUCGGCCUUGUCUCGCUCCUACUCUUCUCUUACUAUUACUACACCUCCUUCUCUCUCUACUUUCUCUCUACUCAGGCUUAGACCACUUAUCGCCGCCAACAUACGCAACCUCUCUCCGGCGGAGACUACUGUUCGGGGCUUCGCGACUCGUCAGACGUCUUCAUCUCUGAAUGAUCCGAACCCUAACUGGUCGAAUCGGCCCCCUAAGGAGACUAUUUUGCUCGAUGGAUGUGAUUUCGAGCACUGGCUCAUUGUUAUGGAGAAGCCUGAGGGUGAGCCUACCAGAGAUGAGAUCAUUGAUAGCUACAUCAAAACCCUAGCUAUGGUGGUUGGAAGUGAAGAAGAAGCAAGGAUGAAAAUCUAUUCAGUUUCGACAAAACACUACUUUGCAUUUGGAGCCCUUAUAUCUGAGGAACUUUCAUACAAGAUGAAAGAGUUGCCUAGAGUGCGCUGGGUGCUUCCUGACUCUUACUUGGAUGUUAGGAACAAGGAUUAUGGAGGGGAACCUUUUAUAAAUGGUCAGGCUGUACCAUAUGACCCCAAGUAUCAUGAGGAGUGGGUGAGAAACAAUGCACGUGCAAAUGAAAGGAAUAGGCGCAAUGAUAGACCUCGCAACUUUGACAGAUCAAGAAAUUUUGAACGAAGGAGAGAAAAUCGGGGUUAUCAAAGUCCUAUGGCAAAUCAAAGCAUGCAGAACCCUGGUACCAACAUGGGAGGAGGGCCGCCCAAUAACAUGUCCGGUGCACCCAACAUGGGAGGAGGGCCACCACCAAAUAACAUGUCCAGUGCACCCAACAUGGGAGGAGGGCCACCACCCAAUAACAUGUCCGGUGCACCCAACAUGGGAGGAGGGCCACCACCCAAUAACAUGUCCGGUGCACCAAACAUGGGAGGAGGGCCACCACCCAAUAACAUGUCCGGUGCACCCAACAUGGGAGGAGUGCCUCCCAAUAACGUGGGAGGUCCAUCAAACAUGGGUGGAGUGCCGCCCAAUAACAUGGGGAGAAUGCCACCCAAUAACAUGGGAGGUAUGCAGCCCAAUUACAUGGGAGGAGCACCGCCAAACUCCAUGGGGGCUCUGCCCAACAGGGGAGGACUGCCACCAAACAUGGGAGGAGCGCACCCAAAUUCCAUGGGAGGAAUGCCACCAACCAACAUGGGAGGAAUGCCUCCCAAUAACAUGGGAGCAGUGCCGCCCAAUAAUGCUCCAAACUUCCAGUACAGGAAUGGGCCAAACAACGGAGGCAUGCCUUUUCAAUCUGGUCCGGGGCCAAACAACGGAGGCAUGCCUUAUCAGUCUGGUCCAGGGCCAAACAGAGAGUAUCAAAACAGCUAUGCUCCAAAUGGUGGUGGAAACCCUUUCCAGACUCAGAACAUGCCUGGAAGGGACAUGCCCCCACCCCCUCCUCCCCCAUCACAAGACUAUUAAUUGGCAUGUUGCACAUAAGUAUGGAUCUUACGCAUUUAGGGUUUUUGUUAUGGAUGUUUUUUGCUUUCUUGAACUUCAUAAGUUGUUUAUGAACGGUAAUGUUUUAAGAAUGUUAAUCCUGGUUUUAUGUUGAUGCUUAACUGGUUGGUAGUGUAAAUGAUCAAGCUUAUGAUUCAUAAUGGUCGGAUUUUCCCAGUCUUAUUAUCU